UAAAGUAAAGUUUAUGUGGCUAUUUUCAGGCCCUGAGCAAUCACCCGCCCUAUGCCUGUGUUACUUGCACAGUUAGACACAAAGCUUAUUCCCAAAUCAAAGAAUAUACUGUGUUCCUUCUUUCAAAAAUAAAACCCCAAACCUUUGGACAAAUCCUUUUAAGUAGUAUUCCUUGAAUACAUAGUAUAAGUUUGUUGUAACAUGCAAUUUAGUAGCAGGAUGCCCCCAGGCUGCAGGAUUUUUCUUAAGCCACAGAAUUUUUCAAAGUAUCUUUCACUAAUUGAGUGGGAUACCAAAAAACACAAACAAGUGUGUGGACUUGGGGACUGUUCUCCCCUCUGAAACCUCACAGCCCAAAAUUCUGUUCCGUGGUUUUCACGAUUUAAUCAAGUUUGGGGGACCCACAAACCCACUUUGAGAGUUCCAGGGCGCGCAGCGGCGGCCGGUGGAUCGGUCCCUCCACCAAUCACAGGCCAGCGGCACGUUAUAUAAGGCCCGGGCCGCGCGUUGCAGCACUGCGAAAUUCGCCUCUGGGUUCUAGUUUGUUUUUCUUCGCUCUUUUCCCGUUGCCAUGUCGGAAACCGCUCCCGCCGAGACGGCCGCGCCGGCCCCAGUGGAAAAGUCCCCCGCCAAGAAGAAAACCGCCAAGAAGGCGGCCGGCGUGGCCAAGCGCAAGGUCACUGGGCCCCCUGUGUCCGAACUCAUCACCAAGGCCGUCGCCGCCUCCAAGGAGCGCAAUGGGCUCUCCUUGGCCGCCCUGAAAAAAGCGCUGGCCGCUGGCGGCUACGACGUGGAGAAGAACAACAGCCGCAUUAAGUUGGGGCUGAAGAGCCUAGUGAGCAAGGGCACCCUGGUGCAGACCAAGGGCACCGGAGCCUCCGGCUCCUUCAAGCUCAACAAGAAGGUGGCUUCGGGAGAGCCCAAGGCCAAGAAGCCGAGCGCCGUGAAGCCUAAGAGGCCCGCCGGAGCCGCCGCCAAGAAACCCAAGAAGGUAGCGGGCGCCAAGAAGGCUGUGAAAAAGACACCAAAAAAGGCAAAGAAACCUGCCGCGGCUGGUGUUAAGAAGGUGGCCAAAAGCCCCAAAAAGAUGAAGCCGGCCGCUAAGCCAAAGAAAACAGUAAAGAGCCCCGCCAAGUUGAAGGCCAUGAAGCCUAAGACGGCCAAGCCCAAAGCAGCUAAACCAAAGGCAACCAAGCCCAAGGCUGCCAAGGCAAAGAAGGCGGCGCCCAAAAAGAAGUAGGAAGUUUGUGCGAACAGUACGGAAGCCCCAAAGGCUCUUUUCAG